UCAGAGACAAAUCACCAACUUACUAAAAACAAGUAUUCUAGCGUUGAGUCUCUCGAAUCCUUUGACUGGAAAAAUCGACGACAUCAUGAUGACCGUAAUAUUUGAGCUCUACAUCGUCAGUUUAUGACUAACGUGGCACUGAUAAUACGUUUGACAGGGACAGAAAAGUUCACCCUAAACGUACUGUGCGACCGUCCAUCCAAACCGGUAUCUUUUCAAGGAACUUGGCCCACUAUUUGUCGUUCCUUCCCAUGGACCCUUGCGACUGAAACGCUGUUUCAAUGGGUGAUGCCGGGUCGUAUAUCAAGACGUCAAGUUGUCCAAUUAUUCUCAUCUCACGCCACCCUCCUUCAACCCUCCUUACCUUCCUACUGCGGCAUCUGACAAGUUUGUCCGCAGCCCUAAGUGAUCUCUCCCGUUCACUACGCCUACCGAUAUGGUCAAUUGGCAAGAUCCACAAGUGAUCGAAAACUGGGGCGCAGUUCUCGUCAAUAUCACCUUUUUCAUGCUAGGACUAUAUGGAUGGAGUUACAUAAAUUCCUGCCAGGUCGAAAGUGCUUUACUUCGUCAUCGGGUUCCAUUUCAAUGGCGAAUGGUUCCUUAUUUGAUCGGCCGGAUAUUUUUUCUCGUGACUCUUGUACUCUCCGUGACGAGCGUCGCCAUCCCGUCACAUAUCGACUGUUAUCGCGUGUUAAGAUUCCUGGCGUUCUCGGGUAAUAUCGUCGUGGCUUGUACAUCCACGAACCUCGUUAUCCGGACAUGGACCGUUUGGAAGACAAACCGUUUUGUCCGCCUGUUUAUGGGGCUCAUAACUCUGGGACACUGGUUCAUGAUUAUCUUCGACUCAAAAGAAGCACAAAUCUCAUCAUCACCUCCAACUUCCGAAUUCUGCGGGUUCAUGAUCGUGAACCCUACAUAUUCAGCUGCUACGUCCUUGUAUACUAUGAUAUUAGACUUUAUACUUUUAAAAUUAACGAUCUUUGGUCAUUGGCGCUCGUCGUCGUCGUCUCUCUUCACGAUCAUCAGUACUCAAGGCACCUUCCUCUAUUUCAUCGUAUUGUUCGCUAGCAUCGUUCCGGUUAUCUUUUCGUUGCUGAACCUUAAUUAUCUCAUGAAUGUGUUUUUUGUUUGGCCUGCAAUUUGCGUCAUGACGAUAGCAUCAAGCUAUGCAGUGAUUCCGACAUUCAUCAUGCCUCAGAGUACAAACCACAGAACUCCAGUAGGUACGGUGGAGGAGAAACCAAACUUGUGAGACGGCGUGUUGGGUUUGCUCGGGUGGCGUGGAGUUGUAGUACUUGCUGCGUCGCAAGUUUUGUAUCACCCAGUCUAGCC